AUGAUGCGAGGAGUCUUGGCGUUGGCAACCAUAACGAUCGCUCAAAAGAGCCCUGUCGCCGUGCAAGGAACAAAGAUGAUUUUAAAUUAUUCUCGCGAUCGUAAUAACUCACGCCUCGCUGCGCCGGUCAUCCAGGUGAGCACCCCGGUUGAUGAAGGACGACAGGCAGUGGCUACAUGGAAUCAGUCUCAGCUGAUGACGGAGGACAUAGUGAAGAGCGGCUUAGCCGCGUUAACGAAGUCUCCACUGCCGCCAUUUUCAAAGCUUUGA